AUGGCUCCAACUACGAAGACCCAGAAAGUGACGUAUCUGGAGAUCGACAAGAUCACAUACUGGGACGAAUUUACCUGGGAGAACGUCAAUGCAGCGUUCGGGCCUCUGAUCGACUGCAACUUCAAAGGCACCUUUGACGACUUUUCUCCAAGAUCACGUGAACCACGAGGCGAGCCUGGCGUCAAGAGUCUCAUCAUACCCUGGUUCAAGGACUUCGGGAAAGUUCUGAAAAAGACAGCUCGGGACAUCAAGAGAUUGCAAGGAUUCGAAGCACCCGUGCCAUCAUUUACCUUCGAAGAGAACAUCCCGAACAAUUUCCACCAAGUCUGGUUCCGUGGCAUGACGAAGGGAGUUCACUACAGGCCUGACAUCAAUGUAAUCUGCAGUGAGCGGGACGAAAACAAUGCAGAGACAGGAUCUUACUCUAUUGUGGCAGCCGACAUAAAGACUAGCUCCGCAUUCAAUCCGAACGAACUCAACAUCCUUCCUGCCGACAAGCAGGCUCAGGCAACCAGGGAAAAGCUUCCCAGGGCUGCGCAGCCAACUUCACUUCUCAACAAGCAUCCAGAGGCUCAAAGAGAGCUUUUCAGUCAAGCAAGCACUGCGAUCUCAGAUGACUUCGACUAUCUCAUGCAUUCGCCCUUCCUCAACCUAGACCAAACAGACACACACAUGUAUCCAUGCAAACAGCUUUCAACCUACUGUGUUGUUACCGAUACAGAGUAUGGCUUUAUCAUCACAGACCGGCAUUUGGUCCCGGCUCGAGUAUCCAAAGUGCGAGACCCAAUGGGAUACGAGAAGCCAAAGAUCCACAUGCAGGUUAUGCCUAUCGAAUGGGAUGCUUCAGGCGAGGACAAGCUCACCGUCGCCUUCGGUAUAUGGGCCUUGUACGCCAUGAGUGCAUGUGGAAGACCACGCAACGUGAAGUGGUACAACGAGAUCCAAUCUGAUCUCAAGAUUUGGCACAAGCUCGGAGAGAACAAGUACAAGAAUAGCCUAUCUGGAUUCAACACGCGUCGCCCACCCGCGAACGCAAUCAUACGAGACCCUCCUCGUUCCGCGGGCCAGCGAUCCCGGCGGGUCGUGCCGCCGGUCCCCGCGUUUAAAGCUGGGCCUGGAGAAGACACCGACAUGUACGACACCUCGGACAGCCGAGCUACAAUCCAAGACCGUAUGGGCUCUUCUUACAAGCAUGGCGUAGCGACUGCCAGGAACCCAGGGGUGCCCCAACUACAGACGCCAGCGAAGCGAUUGGAAAGUGCCAACAAGAGAAGGCACGACAGCGCGGAGCCCGAUGAACGGGCUUCGGGCAAACAUAAGAUUCUAAAGAGAAGAGGGUAG